AAUGAUUUGACACCCCUGAUGAGAAGGAGAACAUAGCACAGUGCUGUUCGAACAAUUUCAGGGCGGCAUCUAUUCAGACUUUAGCCGAAUUUUAUACCGUGCCGAUAGUCCUGAGGCUAUGGGGUGCUGUGAGACUUUCCUUUACGGACAGGCUCGCUAUUGUAAGUCCUUGGAGGCUUCAGAAAACCCUUUUGAAUCUCCUGAUCCGUCUGGUUCGUCCAGCAUCGUUCUGAUGUAAGGAGCAUCGUGAGGAACAGACACGUUAAUUGAGCCUAAAUUUUGUUUCUUUUUUCAUAAAUACCCACACGAAUAAUAAUUUCCCAUCAUACUUCGAACGGUGCUGCGCUCACUCAGUACAGCACUGUACCAACAACCCAAACAAAAACAGUUUUGACAGCAGCGAUAACGCAACACACAUGGUGGACACGCACACACCGAUGCACACCAAAUAAGCAGCAUCUUCGCGCAUCAAAAUAGACAGCAACAGCAGAAAGCGAGACACUGUUGCACAGGGGCACAGACAGACGGUCGAAGCAGGCCGUGGAUUUGUAUUGCGGAAAAACGGAAAAACUUUGUCUUUCAUCACUGUAUGUGCUCCGUGUGUGUGCUUGUGUUGUGGGGAAAAGUGUAUUGAAGUCAUUUACUUGGCAGCAGCAGCACACAGACGAGAGAAGAACACCACGACGCGGUCCUCGGGGUGUCCUGGAACGCAUAAUGCACAGAGACGCGCUUGGGAUGCAGUUUGUUGGUGCCCACGCGUAUUGAUGCUACACUGUUCAUCCGGACGUGAUUUAUCGAAGCUACCUCCUCCAGCGGGACGUCUACCCACCUGUGCACACUAUUAUCGAGAUUGCUUCCCUCUUGCACUGUGACUGGUUGCCUCUUCGCUAAUCAGCCAGUCUGCUGCUACGCUUCAAGUGAGCUGCUUCAGUGAAUUCUUCCCUUGUGGCCAAACGCUCGGGCUUGUGUUAGUAUCUGUGCAUAAGUGCGAGCAGCGUGUGUGUGUGUGCGUGUGUUAUCAAUCGAAAUGGACAGAGGAAAGUAUAACUUUGCGAUCGACCGUGGCGGUACCUUUACGGAUGUGCUGUGCAUCACACCGGACCGUACCGUCCGCACGCUGAAGCUGCUUUCCGUCGAUCCGGCCAACUAUCCGGAUGCACCGACGGAAGGCAUACGCCGCAUACUGCAGCAGGAAACGGGCCGUGCCCUGACGGCGGACGGACUGAUCGAUACGGGGCUGAUCGGUUGGGUACGGAUGGGCACAACGGUGGCCACCAACGCACUGCUCGAACGGGCCGGCGAUCCGGUAGCGCUGGUGGUGAACAAGGGCUUCCGGGAUCUGCUGCAGAUAGGCAAUCAGGCGCGACCCAACAUUUUCCAGCUGAACAUCCAAAAACCGGCCAAUCUUUACAAAGAGGUUAUCGAAAUCGAUGCCCGCCUAGUCCCGGCCCAGGAAGGAACCUGCCAGCUGGGUGAUGCGACCUCCGGCUGGAGAAAGCUAACCGGCGCUUCGCAGUCCACGUACCUCGAAAUGACGCCACUGGACGAGGAAGAUCUGCGGAUGAAGCUGGAAGGCGUCCGCGAAACCGGCAUCAACUCGCUCGCCAUCGUGCUCGCCCACAGUUACGCCUGCCCGGAGCAUGAGCUGCGUGUUGGACGAAUCGCGCAGGAGCUCGGCUUCCAGCACGUCACCCUGUCACACCAGGCGAUGCCGAUGUGUCGGCUGGUGGCGCGCGGCUUUACCGCCUGUGCCGAAGCGUACCUAACGCCGCACGUCGAACGCUACCUGGAUGGGUUCCGGAGCGGUUUCCGUGAUCAGCUGCGCGGGGCGGACGUACUGUUCAUGCAGAGCGACGGUGGCCUCACGCGGAUGGAACACUUCCGCGGUGCGAGGGCAAUUCUAAGCGGACCAGCGGGCGGUGUGGUAGGCUACGCGGUAACCGGAGUGCGUGACGCAGGCGAAGAUCCAUCGCCACCGCUGAUUGGGUUCGAUAUGGGCGGCACUUCGACCGAUGUGUCACGGUACGCCGGUACGUACGAGCACGUGAUCGAAAGCACAACGGCCGGCGUGACGAUACAAGCGCCCCAGCUCGACAUCAACACGGUGGCCGCCGGCGGUGGUUCGCGUCUGUUCUUCCGGUCCGGCUUGUUUGUGGUGGGACCGGAAUCGGCCGGUGCACAUCCGGGCCCGACCUGCUACCGCAAGGGCGGUCCGCUAACCGUUACCGAUGCGAACCUCAUGCUUGGCCGGCUGCUGCCGGAGUACUUCCCGGCCAUCUUUGGACCGAACGAAAACGAACCGCUCGAUUACGAAGCGACCCGGGCCGCGUUUGAAGAGCUGCGGGCGGAGAUUAACGAGCACUUGGCGGCGUCCGGUGACGAGGGCGGUCCGCGCUCGCUCGAGCAGGUCGCGAUGGGCUUUGUGCGCGUCGCCAACGAGGCGAUGUGCCGUCCGAUACGCGCACUAACGCAGGCCCGCGGCUACGAUACGGCGCGACACGUGCUGGCGUGCUUCGGUGGAGCCGGUGGCCAGCACGCGUGCAGUAUCGCGAAGCAGCUCGGCAUGGGGAAGGUCGUGAUGCACAAGUACGCCGGCAUUCUGUCCGCGUACGGGAUGGCACUGGCGGAUGUGGUGCACGAAACGCAGGAACCGUGCGGGCUGGAACUGUGCCCGGACAAUCGAGCGGCGCUGAAGGAACGGCUGCACGUGCUUUCGGCACGCUGCGUGGAACAGCUGGAAGCGCAGGGCUUUAGCCUCGCGGACGAAGGAUCGAUCACGCUCGAGCCGUAUCUGCAUCUGCGCUACGAAGGGACGGACUGUGCGCUGAUGUGUGCGCCGGACCGGGUGAUCGAGAAUGCCGAUCACACCGUGUACGGGUUCGGGGACUUUGGCCGAACGUUCCGGGAGCGGUACCGGAGUGAGUUCGGGUUCGUGCUGGAAGGUCGUCGGAUCUUGGUGGACGACGUGCGGGUGCGGGGCUGUGGCCGUGCGUCACUCUUCACCGAACCGGACAUAGCGGAAGCUACCGGGCCGAUCUAUCCGGAGAAAACGACCGUCGCGUACUUCGAGGAGGGCGGUGGGCAGGAAGCGGCCGGCCGGCUCGUUACGCCGGUGUACGAUUGUGGCAAGUUGCGGUACGGCCACCGAAUCGAUGGACCGGCCAUACUGAUCGACCGUCUCUCGACGAUCGUGAUCGAACCGGCGUCGCGAGCGAUCGUUACACGGCGUGGCGAUCUCACGAUCGAGAUCGGUGGAGGAACCAAUCGGCCGAAGGUAGACGAGCGGUUGGAUGCUGUGCAGCUGAGCAUCUUCAACCAUCGGUUCAUGAGCAUCGCGGAGCAGAUGGGCCGCGUGCUGCAGCGCACGUCCAUCUCGACCAACAUUAAGGAACGGCUCGAUUUCUCGUGCGCCUUGUUCGGCCCGGACGGGGGACUCGUUUCGAACGCACCGCACAUUCCCGUCCAUCUGGGCGCGAUGCAGGAAACGGUCCAGUAUCAGCUGAGGAGACGCGGUGGGACGCUGAAACCGGGCGAUGUGCUGCUGUCGAACCAUCCGCAGGCCGGCGGUUCCCAUCUGCCCGAUCUGACCGUCAUCACGCCCGUGUUCACCGAGGACGAACCGAGUCCGGUGUUUUUUGUUGCUUCUCGCGGGCAUCAUGCGGACAUUGGUGGCAUUACGCCGGGAUCGAUGCCACCCCACUCGACCUCGCUCGAUCAGGAAGGGGCCGCGUUCAAGUCGUUCCUGCUCGUGGACGGUGGCGUGUUCCGGGAGGAAGCCAUCGUCGAACGGUUGACUCGUCCGUCCGCUGGCUCGGGUGCGCCCGGCACCCGCAAUCUGUCGGACAAUCUGUCCGACCUGCGGGCACAAAUAGCCGCCAACCAGAAGGGCAUCCAGCUCGUGUCGGAACUGAUCGAGGCGUACGGGCUCGGCGUCGUGCAAGCGUACAUGGGCCACAUGCAACAGAACGCGGAGCUAGCCGUGCGUAACAUGCUGAAGACGAUCGCGAAGGAAACGCGCGAGCGCACGGGACUGACGGUGCUGGAAGCGGAACAGCACAUGGACGACGGCACACCGAUCCGGCUGGUGGUGCGCAUCGACGAGGCGCAAGGUUCGGCUGUGUGCGAUUUUACCGGCACCGGACCGGAGGUGAGCGGCAACUGUAACGCCCCACGGGCAAUCACACUGUCCGCGCUGAUCUACUGUCUGCGCUGCAUGGUCGGACACGAUGUGCCGCUGAACCAGGGCUGUCUGGCACCGAUCGAGGUGAUCAUCCCGCCCGGUUCGAUACUUGACCCGUCGGACGGGGCCGCCGUCGUCGGUGGGAACGUGCUCACGUCCCAGCGCGUGGUCGACACGGUGUUCGCCGCGUUCGGGACGUGUGCCGCCUCGCAGGGCUGCAUGAACAACGUGACGAUCGGUGACGACGGCUGGGGAUACUAUGAAACGGUCGCGGGCGGCAGCGGCGCCGGUCCGGGAUGGCACGGAACGGGCGGUGUGCACACGCACAUGACCAACACACGCAUCACCGAUCCGGAGAUACUGGAGCUGCGCUAUCCGAUCGUGCUGCGCCGCUUCACGCUGCGGGACGAUGGGAGCGGUGGCGCGGGUCGCUUCCACGGCGGGGCCGGUGUGCACCGGGAGCUGCUGUUCCGCAAACCGAUGACACUGUCCGUGCUGACCGAGCGGCGCACGCUACGUCCGUACGGUGCGGCCGGUGGAUCUCCCGGCAAGCCGGGCCUUAAUCUGCUGAUCCGUGCCGGACCGCGGCCCGGUCAGCCGGGCCACCGGGCGGUGAACAUUGGUGGCAAGACGGCGGUACAGGUCGGGCCGGGCGAUGUGUUCUCGAUGAAAACGCCGGGCGGCGGUGGGUACGGUGAGCCGGCGGAUGAGGAUGGGCCCGCCGAGCUGCGGUUCGGUGUGCAGCGGCAGCAGCGGCAGGAAGCGGCCGCGGCCGCCAUUGCAUCGGUCAGCGCGUCGAAAGCGUUCAUGGAGCGCGGCAGCGUGUAUGAGUACCGGAUGGCGCAGGAGUCCGUGUGAUGGCACGAGUUCGGGUUCAACUUUAACUUCUAUCUCGUGCUGAUCGUCGUGCUGCUCGUGAUCGUGAUCGUGAUGUUCAAAUAGCCCCCCGCGGGGAGUGGCGGCGGGGAGGCAGUGGGACGCCGGCCCGGCUUUCUCCUCUCGUUCGACGGUGGCGAUGGUGGCGUGUGGAUGGAGCAGAACACGCGUCAGCAGUUCGAGUAGGGGUAGCGGUAGCGGUGGUGGUUGGUAGGUUGGUAGUGCGGUUUCGUAGGUCGAGCGUCUUAUUACUCACACACUUCGGCGGGCGUAUGCAUUUUGGGGGGAAAAAUGGCCAUAUAAAGGAGAUAUAAAUCAAUAAGAACACGAUUCCGGGAUAGAAUUUAACUAAUGUCAGGUCUCGAGAAGCUUCCUUGCUAGGGAAUGUGAAGUCUCCUGGUAGGUAAGGCCCCCUGGGACACUGAAUUCUCUUGGCUGAUGAGGCUUGGACAAGGUGUGGUCACACAGACACCUAGGCCUCCUUGGUAGAUGAGAUCUUUUAGACGACUAGAUCCUGGAACUCUUGAUGGAGAGGUUUCGACAGAUAUCCCUAGUUGACCUACUCACCUCGAGCACCACCUCGUCUCUGUCCAGAUCCGCUGUCUUGAUUGGAGUUCGUGAGGAUAACGCCACCUGGUCCACGAGAUUUCUCAUCAGAUUUUGCUGAGUGCAAUAUUCUGGUGGAGGUAUCUUCGCAUAAAAGCCGUUAAAAUCAGCCUCCUUUCGAAAUGCAUACGUUACGCGAAGUCUUUUUCCCUCCUCUCAAUCCGUACCGGUGUGUUCUUCCAAUACUAUGUCAACACGUUCUUUACACGCUGGCCAAAUCUUUAGCUGACCAAUUAAAAACUCUAGACUGUCGUCCAUUCGUUCGUUCGGACCAACGUAGCCGGUGUAGCAGACGGGCCCGGGGGCGUGUGUGCGUGUAGCUUUACUAGGUUAGAAUUUAGAUACAUUUUUCGACACAUUUAGAGCUCACCACACACACACGCAUACAUACCCACUUUGUGCCACAGGUACGCUCCGUCGGUGCGGUGCGGUGGUGUGCGUGCGUGCGUGGUUUUGGUGUGUCCUUUUUGCCGUUCAUAGAACACCUUUUAGCCAAAUUUUAUACAUACACACGCACAGCAGCGUCGUAGCCAAUGAUUGCCUUUGAGGAACGUUAGGUUAACCAUCCCCCCCCUUUUAGAAUGGAUACAAUACGAAAUAUAUAUACGCCACACUUGUAUUUCUCACCAACGUAGUUGAAAUAGAAUUUCCGUGUGUGUGUGUGUGUG